CAUUAACGCACGAACAAUGUUUAAGGUCAAAUUGUACAAUAAAUCAAAUGUUCUUCCGAAGACCAUUGCAAUGAAGUAUAUAGAAAAAUAUAAGAAAAUAAUCAAUUGGAAAAUGGACUCAACGAUCCUAGACAUUGGUUGUGGCGAUGGGAGUUUGACAUCAAAACUGUUUAAAGAAUUAAUUCCGAAUUGCAAGACCAUGACAGGUUGUGACAUAAAUGAAGAUAUGAUACGAUUUGCAAAUGAACACUAUGCUUCGGAACGUGUUAAUUUCACUACCCUUAACAUAGAGGGAGAUCUGCCCGAUCAGCUAAGGGAACGUUUCCACCAUGCGAUUUCCGUUUUUGCUUUAAACUGGUGCCUUCGUCAAGAAACUGCAUUCCAGAACAUAUACGAUAUCCUUACGGACCAAGGAAGUUGUUUUGCGAUUAUCGCAGAAAGAGUAUCAUUAUUCGACGCAUACAGGAACCUUGCUAAAACCGAAAAAUGGAAGCCAUGGGUUAUUGACGUUGAAAAAUAUAUAUCUCCAUACCAUGACAGUCAGGUGGAAUAAUGUCUGUGGUGCCUUUCAAGAUCCCGGAUGAGUUACAUGAAGAUUUUUUUAAAGACUUAAGUCAAGAAAUGCAGAUGUUUGACACUAAAAAGUACAAUUACAAAAAAUCUACUGACGAUUUUGUCUUUA